AUGAAUGAUGCUAUAUUGCCGAGCAUAAAGGGUUUACCGACAACGCUGAAAAGUCCUGCCCCUGCCCGGGUCCGUAAGAGCCCCCGUUACGCCAACGCACCUGGGCUAGGUGCUCCAUGCGGAUGGGUUCAGUGGUGGCCCCUGGACGCCACCAAAGGUGUUCUUCUCGGCUGUAUCUCUUCAAGCGGCGUGGGCGUGGGCGAGGGUGUAAGAAACCCAGGACACCAGACCGGCCGCGUUCCCUCUUGUAGAGGGUAUGAAUUGGAAUGGUUAGGAAGAGAGACUAUUAGCGGAUUCAAAUGUGGCGCCGGAUUCAAGCGAAGGCUCGUGGAACAGAUGGCUCUGUUACCUCAACUUGUUCCUGUAGGGCAGGCUCUUGAGCUCGCGAUGGACGCUUUCGGCAGGAGAGACGGGUUCCUUGGGGCAUUCUCGACUCUUCUUAGCCAACCAGCCGGGGUAGACGAGACUGAGCAGGGGUUCAGACAGAAAUAUCGAAAGCACUGUCAGGGGGUAUUUCUGCCAAAGUAUCGAUAUUUGGAAGUGUUGAAGACAUUUCUGUCCAAGUAUCAAUUGUUGAGGGUAUGCAGGAGUGAUCAAAAGGCAUUUCGCAUCGUCGGUCGCGCAUCAGGAGAAGCUGCACAGCAAUCCCAAGGCGAUCGGCGGGAAUCCAACGCAUCCAAUAAUUGGGCAUCAUUCUUAAGUGAAGGGAAGGGAUUCCCAUCGAAGAGUAUCUGCUUAAGCUUCAAUCAAGUGCAAGGAUGCUAUAUUCGAGAACGCAAUGUGAAUCCAGGCCCCUCCGAUGUAUGUCCUGUCGUCAAUCCGUCUGCUAUCAAAGAUAGCCCGAAGUCGCACAACUUGACACGCCCAGCCUCACUGAUUAACACGUUGAGCUAUGUGGUAUCAAUUACUUUAAAUCGGCUUCACAGGCAGCGCAUGUUAACCUACAGGCUUGAGAUCGCCGUGGACUACAACAGGAUCAUGAUCAUGAAGAGUUUAACAGCCUAUACCGGCAUGGCUCAAGGAUAUUGGACAAGGUUACCAUUCGAACACCAUUCAGACACUAAUGCUACUUCUGGUACUGUGUCAUGA